CCUGUUUUUUGGAGGGAGAGUGCUUCUUUAAAGUAAUUUCUGGCUAAAUUUGUAAUUAUUUUUAUGAUAGAUUUAUUCCAGACAGUACACAGCAUUUUGGGGGUUUUGAGACUGAGUAAAAGCUUAAGGCUCAGACAUGUCGAGAGCACACAGCCCAGACUCGAGGGAGGUGACAGCGGAAAGGAAAUUCACUCAGAUGAAUCUGUUGCCGUUCACCGCUGAAUUUACCACAACACUGCCAAAAAGCAGUCCACGUUUUGGUGCCUUGAGUCACCAUUCAUUCUUCUCGCGGCACAACCCUCAUCCACACAGGAUGAGGCAUAUUCAAGGAUUCACAGGUAGACCAAUUUGCAUGGUAAGAGAUGAUUGGUUUGUCACAUCAUCAUUAUUUCCUCAUCCACUUCUCAAGAGCCGCAUAAACAGGAGAGCAGCAGAGCCAGCUUUUCCACUUGCUCAAAAUCUUCAUGAUGUCACCGGAGCCAAAACUAAAUCAGCACUAUUGUCAGAAGCCUGGAGAGAUGAACUCAAAGAACUCGCAUCAAAAGUCACUCUAUCUUUCCAAGCACAAAAGGAUAAAAGAGAGGAUCAGCCAGAGGAAAAGGUUGUCCAACGAAAGACUCAAUAUUCAGCUCAAACUGGGAGAAUCAUUCCUCCAUCCUCCAAGUCUUUCCAGCGUAAAUCCCAAUACCAGCGCAUGAGCCAUCCCCAACCCUUCCAUGAUCAAGAACUCAUGGUUUUGGAGGUACUUUGUCAGAUCCUGCAGACGGACUCCCUCUCCACAGUCCAGCAGUGGCUUCUUCUUUCAGGCCAAAGAGAAAAAGAUCUGGUGAUGGGGAUGAUUAGACAAGCUCUGGAUGGUGUCGACCUCUCAGUACAUAACCAGCAGAACUUCCAGCAGCUCCAGGCUUUUCAUCCAGGAGCACCUCCAUCAGUAUACGCUUCAUCAUUUGAGCAGCCGUGGAGAAAAACACGCAGGAGUUCACACCAAUUGACUCAAACUCUCAGUGAUGACAAACCAGAGCGGAUUGGUGACGCAGAAGUCCUUGCAGUCCAUACAGGGACACACAGUCCUCUGGUUUCUUCACUUCAGAAGGGGGAGAGUGCAUAGUUAGUUCAUUUUACCAAGAUGAUGACUAAAUUUCAGU